ACCAUUGGCUCUGUAGUGGCCGGAGGGGGCGUUGCUUUGUUGCUUUGGUGUGUGAGCGUGCGUAUGUGUGUGCGCGUCUUGGGCUUGCACAGGGUGGUCGAGGAGGGGAUGGCUGAGGGGAAGCAUACUUGGCACGGCUCCCUCCUUUCAGCGCACACUCUCUAGUUUGCACCGGGUGGCUAACUCCCCUGCAAGGGGGGAGAGAGACAAGUGUCUGGAUGUGUGUGCGUGUGAGUGUGUGUGCAUUUGAGGGGGGCGUGGGAUGCAUGUGUCAUAAAUAAAUAGUCCGGGCUGCUACUUUUUCGGGGCGAGGGGGGUGGGCGGCAAUGCGAUGAGGCGCGCGCACGACGCGGGUCUUGCGCUGCAGCGAAGAGCCUCCGUCAAUUCGGAGACCUGCCGCUGCUGACAAGCCGGCCUGGGGGACGAGGAGAGAGGGAGCAGGGGGGGGGGAGGGGGAGCUCGACGAAGGGGCCGCCGCGGACAGCACCGCCGUGGGAAUCAUGCAGUGUGCGAUUUGGCUGGUGGGACUCGCGUGUCAUCUGUCAGCGCUUGUGCGGCUCGCCGCGCAGUACCGGUUGCAUCCCAAACAAGAAGUCUUCAUCAAGCAGCUGUCAUCGUACGAAAUCACCAGCCCGCUGCGGGUCAAUGACUUCGGAGAGUCCUUCCCGCACACGUUGCACUACAGGCGCCGACGCAGGAGUUUAAACGACGAGCUGUCCGUGCCGCGGCUCCACUACCGGAUCGAGGCGUUCGGACAACGCUUCCAUCUCAACCUGAGCGCGCACUCGGACUUCAUCGCGCCCGCCUACGCGGUCACACACUUGGGAGCGGCCGAGGAGAGCCAGUCGACGCAGGAGGCCGCUGACAUGCGCCACUGCUUCUUCCGAGGACACGUCAACUCCCGAGAGGAGCAGCCGGCGGUGUUCAGCCUGUGCACUGGCCUGAUUGGCACUUUCACAACGCCGGAUGGCGAAUAUUUCCUGGAGCCUCUCAUGAACGCCGACGGGGAGGCCGAGUACGAUGACGAGCACCACAAACCCCAUCUGGUUUAUCGGCACGAGAGGAGACGCAACAUCUCCAGCGACGGCGAGCCUUGUUCGGCCUCAGGCGACAGGGAGACGACAGUGUCUUUGGAGGGUCGGGGGGACAUGGGCGAUGUGUUGGACUCUGUCCGCGCCGCCAUUCACGAGCGGGACGCCGACGCCUCCAACGGAACGCAGCCCAGGAACCUGCGCAGACGCAAGCGCUUCCUUUCCUACCCGCGCUACGUCGAGCUGAUGGUGACGGCCGAUGCCAAGAUGGCACGUCACCACGGACGCAAUCUGGAGCACUACAUCCUCACAAUCAUGUCAGUAGUAGCGGCGGUGUACAAGGACCCCAGCGUGGGAAACCUCAUCAACAUCCUGAUUGUCAAGCUUAUCGUCGUCCACAAUGAACAGGACGGCCCCACCGUGAGCUUCAACGCCGCCACCACUUUGCACAACUUCUGCACCUGGCAGCAGAAGCAAAACGUCAAGGACGACAGCCACCCCUCUCACCAUGACACCGCCCUCCUCAUCACCAGGGAGGAUAUAUGCCGCGCAAAAGACAAGUGUGACACUCUCGGCCUCGCAGAACUGGGGACCAUGUGCGACCAGUACCGCAGCUGUUCUAUCAGCGAGGAAAACGGAAUCAGCGCCUCCUUCACCAUCGCUCACGAGCUGGGUCAUGUAUUCAACAUGCCUCAUGACGAUAACCCCAAAUGUCGGGAGGCCGGCAUGAAGCACCAGUAUCAUGUCAUGGCUCCCACUCUCAACCAUGACACCAACCCCUGGUCGUGGUCCAAGUGCAGCCGCAAGUACAUCACAGAGUUCCUUGACACCGGCUAUGGGGAGUGCCUUUUGGACGAGCCCGUAAGCAGGACGUAUGAGCUGCCCACCCUCCUCCCUGGGCAAAUCUACAACGCCAACAGACAGUGUGAACUCAUGUUUGGACCCGGUUCCCAAAUUUGCCCUUACAUGAAACAAUGUAAAAGGCUGUGGUGUACAAGUGCAGAGGGAGACCAUAAGGGAUGCCGUACACAACACAUGCCGCUGGCUGACGGGACUGAAUGUGGACAUGGAAUGUAUUGCCGACACGGGAUGUGUGUCAACAAGGAGCUGCACUUGCAGCCGGUCCACGGGGAAUGGGGGGCCUGGGGGCCCUACAGCGCUUGCUCCAGGUCUUGCGGCGGAGGGACACGGAGCACCACCAGAGACUGCAACAAGCCCGAGCCUAGAAAUGGCGGCAAAUUCUGCGUGGGACGACGGAUGAAAUUCCGCUCCUGCAACACCGAGCCGUGUCCGCGAGGACGGAAAGACUUCCGGGAAGACCAGUGCUCUCAGUUCGACGGCAAACACUUCAACAUCAAUGGUCUACCUCCGACCGUCCGCUGGGUCCCCAAAUACAGUGGCAUCCAACUGAACGAUCGUUGCAAGCUCUUCUGCCGGGUUGCCGGAACGACGGCCUAUUACCAGCUGAAGGAUCGCGUCAUCGACGGCACGCCCUGUGGCACCGACACAUACGACAUCUGCGUUCAAGGCCUCUGCAGGCAAGCGGGCUGCGAUCACAUCCUGAACUCGAAGGCCAGGAAUGACAAGUGCGGCGUGUGCGGUGGAGACAACUCCUCGUGCAAAACACAGGCGGGGACGUUCAACGAUGCUCAGUAUGGCUACAACAUUGUGGUCCGCAUCCCAGCUGGUGCUACCAACAUUGAUAUCAAGCAGGUCAGCUACUCGGGAAAACCGGAAGACGACAACUACCUCGCAUUAUCCGAUAGCCAGUCCAACUUCUUGCUGAACGGGAACUUUGUGGUGGCCAUGUUCAAAAGGGAGAUCACUUUCAAGGGAACGGUCAUCGAGUACAGCGGCUCUGACACCAAAGUGGAGCGCAUCAACUGCACGGAUCGCAUCGAAGAGGAGCUCGUUCUACAGGUCUUGUGUGUGGGAAACCUCUACAACCCAGACGUCCGCUACUCCUUCAAUAUCCCCAUCGAGGAGCACAGGGAGCAGUUUGUGUGGGAUCCCUCGGGCCCAUGGCUGGAGUGCAACCGCGUCUGUCAGGGUGAGCGGCGUCAGAAGCCGGCCUGCGUGCGGAAGAGCGAUCACCUCGAGGUAUCGGACCAGCGAUGUGAACAUUUACCUCGUCCCGCUGCUGUCAAAGAGCCCUGCAACCACGACUGUGAAGUCAGGUGGCAUGUCGCCGGGAAAAGCGAAUGCUCAGCUAAGUGCGGUGCGGGCUACCGCAGCCUGGACGUGCAAUGUAUGAAGUACAACCUGAUGAAGAGGCAGAGCGAGCGAGUGGAGGCCAGUUCCUGCGUGGAUGUGGUCAAACCUCCGACUCGAGAGAGCUGCCACGGCGAUUGUCUUCUCAAGAGCUGGCAGUACGGCGCUUGGUCACAGUGCUCCAAGACGUGCGGGCGAGGGAGUCGCGGCCGAGAGUCGUACUGCAUGAACAAUCUGGGCCGGCGGCUGGCGGACAGGGAGUGCGGCGAAUACCAGAGAGUGGUCACCGAAGCCUGCAACGACCAGCCGUGUCCCAAGUGGACCCUCAGCGAGUGGACCGAGUGCCUGGUGACAUGCGGUAAAGGGGUGAAACACCGGCAGGUUUCGUGCUCCGGAGCCACCAGAGAGGAAAAGCUGAGUGAGCACAUGUGCGACCCAUCCAGCAAGCCCCCCUCCGUCGGGAGCUGCGAGUUGCCCGAAUGCGCAUCCUGGCAGGUCGGCGUGUGGGGAGCGUGUUCAGUCACCUGUGGCCAAGGCUACCAGAUGAGAGCAGUAAGGUGUAUGUCGGGGGACUAUGGUAACACAGUGGACGACAGAGAGUGCAACGCUGCCGCCAGGCCCAGAGACAGUCAGGACUGUGAAAUGCCGGCGUGCCCGUGGGCUUCUCCGGUCCAAAGCACACCUCCACCUGAAAACUCCGCUCAGCACGGGACACAGUGGCGAUACGGCUCCUGGACAGCGUGCUCCGCAACCUGCGGCAAAGGGAAGCGGGCACGCUACGUCAGCUGCAGAGACUCCCAGGGCGGCGUGGCCGACGAGUCCUACUGUGUCCACCUGCCCCGACCGCCUGAGACCUCCGCCUGCUUCAGCCGCUGCGGCCAAUGGCGCAGCGGGGAAUGGUCGCCUUGUUCAGUGACAUGCGGCGCCGGAAGGUCCACCCGACAGGUCUUGUGCUCCAACUACCACCAGCCCGUGGACCAGUCCUUCUGCGAUCCAGAUGAGAAGCCCGCAACGGAGCAAGAGUGCACGACCGCGCCUUGCUCCUCGGUCAACAACCGGCAGCGCAUCAACGACCAACCGUACGGAUACCCCAAGGACCCGGGGCGCCAUCCCGGCCACAAUAGCUGGAACGUGCCGUCAACGGACAACCAAUGGAGGACCGGACCCUGGGGCGCAUGUUCCAGCACCUGUGCGGGGGGCUUCCAGAGGCGAGUGGUGGUCUGCCAGGACGCCAACGGCCGCAGCAACAGUUACUGCGACGAGAGGGUCAAGCCAGCCGAAUCCAAGAGCUGCAACUCGGGGCCGUGCCCGCUGUGGAACUACGGCGUCUGGGGAGAGUGCACUCAGAGCUGCGGAGAAGGCAGGCGAACCCGUUUGGUGGUGUGCCAAAGGCCCAGCGGCGAGCGGCUCAGCGACUACAAUUGCGACAUCCUGGACAAGCCGCUGGACAUGGAGCAGUGCAACCUGCAGCCCUGCGUAGGCUCCGCCUCCUGGCACCGCAGACCAUGGAAGCCGUGUUCAGUGACUUGUGGGCGAGGCAUCAAGCAGCGGGAGAUCACCUGCAUUGACCAGAACCAAACCAAAAUAGAAGAGGAACACUGCGGUGCUCUUCCUCGCCCCCGGACCGAGAAGGCCUGUCGGGCCCGCCGGUGCCCCACGUGGAAAGCCACCAGAUGGAGCACGUGCUCGGUCACAUGCGGAGUGGGACUCCAGAGCCGGGGCGUCUACUGCAGGCUCAAAGGCAGCGGAAAGGUCAGAGAAGAUCUAUGUGAGGCUCCAUCACGGCCCGCCGUCAUCCAGCGGUGCCAAGCUGCAGAAUGCACCCAUUACACUUGGGUCGCCGCCGCAUGGAAAGAAUGUAACGCCACCUGUGGAGGCGGCGUGAGGAGCAGGGAAGUGGACUGCAUGGGCCCGUCGAUGACGCCAGCACAGGCGGAUUACUGUGAGCCGUCGUCCCGACCUCCGUCACGUCAGCCGUGCCAAAAAGCUCCGUGUCGCCACGUGUGGACCGCAGGGGACUGGUCGCAGUGCUCAGCCAGCUGUGGAGUCGGCUACCAGCAGCGUGCGGUGGCCUGCUCCGCAACACCCACGUCUCAGACCUUACAUCUUUAUGCCGCCCAAUCGCCCGCCACCGGUACCCGCUGCCCAGAGCCCCGUCCUCAGAGCACCAGGCCAUGCCUCCUCAAAGACUGCCCGCAGGCCUCCUACUGGAAAGUCGGGCCUUGGAGCAAGUGCUCUCAGACAUGCGGGGCAGGAGUGAUGGAGCGCAGCGUGGAGUGUGUAACCUCCAAAGGAGCAGCGUCCAAGCAGUGCCGCCCCUCAGACAGACCAGAAUCUCAAGCUGCGUGUCAAGAUGGAGAAUGCCAGUUAUUCAGCUCGUGUCGGGACGUCCAGAUGCAACAGGGCGUCAGGAUGGACGGAGAAUAUUACCUCAAAGUCAAGUCCCGCAUCCUGCAGAUUUACUGCGCGGAAAUGCAAAGCGAUUUCCCGAAGGAAUACGUGACACUGCGCAGCGGCCAGACGGACAAUUACUCGGAAGUGUACGGCUACAGGCUGCUGAACCCCUUCGAAUGCCCCUACGAUGGCAGCCGAAGACAGGACUGCAACUGCAGGAACGACUACAGUGCGGCGGGGUACACCCUCUUCCACAAGGUCCGCCUGGACCUGAGCGCCCUGAGGAUACUGAUCACUGACCUGCGCUUCUCCCACACUCCUGUUGGUCGACCUGUGCCCUUUGCCACAGCGGGCGAUUGUUACAGCGCCGCCAAGUGUCCACAGGGCCAGUUCAGCAUCAAUCUGAUUGGCACUGGGCUCAGAGUGGCCGAGGCCACCAAAUGGACAUCUCAGGGCAAUUACGUUUCUGUCAAGGUCCACAGGUCUGAGGACGGGACAAGAAUCUAUGGCCGUUGCGGUGGUUUCUGUGGGAAGUGCAUUCCUCAGGCGCACAGCGGGCUCCUCCUUCAGGUCCAAAAUUUGCACGGACGUUAAUUGGUAAGACGCCAUGGACAUCUGAGUGUGUGUAGCAAAACCGUCCCGUCUUCACCAAAACAUGUGGUGACUCCGGGUUUGUGUUACGGUGCCUUCAAAGUCGAACUGUCGAUAUUUGAAAUGAUGAAUGAUAAUCAAAGAUGCCGGCCGGACACUGUUAUGUGAGAUACAAAGGCACACAAUCCUUCAAUGACUCACUGGGAAUGCAACCAAAUGAGGACAUUUUUACUUUUGUUCUGUUUCGGUGAUGUUAUUUUCCUUGACAGAAUAUUGCAGAAGCAAAUGUCUUCAAGGGAAAAAAAAAAAUCAAUAUUCGGCCAAUUAUGCAUGUUUCUCGUGACUUGUUUGCCCGUAUUGCAAAAAAUGCAGCAAGAGUCAGUCGCCUAGCUUGACCUAGCCUUUCCUGUCUUUGUUUUGUAAGAUAUGUUGUUUUACAGCCUGUUUUAGCUUGUCUCUGCUCACCAUAGCGUAAACUAACAAAGCUUUGUUUGUUUUUUUUUUUUUUUUGAUUGCAUCCUUUCAUUUAAUUUAAGUUUCAUUUUUACAAGUCUGAGUUUAGGCUAGUUUCUCUCCAUUAGUUCUCUGCGUGUUUUAGCUUACCUCAGAUAACCUUAGCUUUACCUAGCCUCGCCUGGCAUUCCUUUAGUUUCACUAAGUGCCUUUUACUUUGUCCACGCUAACCUUAAUUUAAAAUAACCUUCUGUAGUUUGGCUCAUUUUAUUUUAGCUAAUCUUACUUGAACCAACUGUAUUGCCUCAUUGUUAGUUCAUCCCGACCUGUUUUAGCUCAACUCAGCUUGCUUCAUGCCGUUUAUCUUUGUUUAGUGUUAGCUAAACUUCAUUGAAGAUUGUCACUCCAAGUUUUGUGAAGUAGUUUAGCUCAUUUUAUACAAUCUUAGCUUAACCUAGCAUAGCCUCAGUGUGUUGGUUCUUCUCAGCCUGUUUUAGGGCGUGUUCGGAAAUAUGCUAGCUUCUCUUUGCAUGAUCUUCUCUUAAAUCAGUCUGCUUUAGUUUGUCAAGUACCUUUUUCUAACCUAGCCUUUCUUCUCUCAGUUUAUCUUUUCUUAGUCUGUGAAUGUUUGCUGAAACAAGCUCGAAUAGACUAAAGUUGCCAAUUCUUAGCUUCAAGUAGAUUCUCUUUGCCGUGUUUAACCUUGUUGUAAUGAAUCUCAGCCUUUUUUUUUUUUUUGUCUUGUUUCGGCUUCAUUAAUCCUAAACGUGUUAGUUCAUUUUGGUAUAUUUUUUACAUGAUAUUAUUUUAGCAAGAUUAGCAUUUCUUUCCCUCACUUCACUUUAUCUUGGUGUCUUAGCGGAAUGAAACAAUCUUCAAUCGGCAAAGCUUGACUAAUAUUAGCUUAAUUUAACCGCUGUUUGCUUAGUUUAUCUUAUCUUAUAUCAACCUGUUUCAGAUUGUCUCAGUUAUUUUUACCUUGGUAUAUGUUAGAUGAUCUUAUUUUCGUCACUGUUCUCGCAUCUUUGUUCAUAGUAGUGUAUGAUGUCUUAGACAAGCUAAAGCAGGCUCAUUUUAUCUUAACCUAAUCUAGCUAGCCAAGUUUUGCUUUGCUUACUGCAAAAAUGAGAAGAUUUGGGAUCAAGUUGCCCGACUGACUGAUCUGGCUUCGUGACUAAAAUGUCCUCUUUUUUUUCGUCAUUUCCACAACAAUUUCCCUGUUCAAACUCCACGUCAAAGGUGCUGCAAUUACUUAAAUACAUCACUAACAACAUCAAAUCAUCUCUUUAACAGUUGACCUAUCUUACUGAUGCACUCGAGCUCUUGGGAAAACAUACUGAAUAGUUUUAAUCUUUGUCUAAUUUCCUCUCAAAAGUACUCAACAGUGACUUGUCGAUGGCUUUUUAAAACACUCGUGUCUGGUUUUUGUCUUGAAUGAUGUCAUGUUCUCUCACACACGCACGUUUAAUGUUACCUGCAUCCCGUAACUCCGCUUAUUUAUGUUUGACCAUAUUUAUUCCAGAACCUUCGAUGCAGCAGCCAUCAGGUUGUUUGUUGAUGCAUCUGUUGUUGUCGUUGUUUGUAGCAAAUAACCACUAAUCACCUGAAUGGUGCUCGUCAAGACUACUAGAAUGAUUACCUCGCAAUUACUGGCCGUCAGUGUUUGGCUUACAAAGACAGGAUGUAGCUGCAAAGUUUAUCGGAUUUGCACUCGAUGGGCAAAAGUUGUGGGACUGUCAAUGAGAGGUUGUUGAUAUGUCCCAAAUCGUGUUUUACAAAAAUCACACAUUUACUUUCUCCCAUGUUAAAUCUGUGCUUGUUUAGUUCAACGCAAAAUUAUUAUUCUGUUAUAUUGUAUGGCAAGAGGUUGAUACACAGCAGGUUCAUUGUACCUUCUGCCAUUUAGUGGGAGAGCAUUUGAUUGUUCUGGUUGUCACUAUACAUUGCUGGUAUAGAUACAUGAGCAAUUAUUUUGUAGUGCCAGGUAAAAAUUUUAGGACUAAUUCAGUUGGAUAUUUCACACAUCGGGGGUGGGAAUAACUGAAUUACACAACCUUAACUAAUCAUCAGUACAUUUUGAGAAUUAGACUUCUGAUAGUUGUAUCAUGUUGUUGAAACAAGCAUCUAUUUUAUUUUAUUUUCACUAACUGUGUGUCCCAUUACUUUUGUCCGAGCAGUGUAUCGCUCGCUGCAAGGAUUGUUACGACCCGCAUUGUGCAGCCUAACCCGAUUUAAAAAAAAAAAAAAAAAAGCUUUAACCAAAGUUAGAGGUUAGAUGAACAUUUGUUAUUGUUGUUAUCAUACAAAGCAACUUGUAUUGGUUGAAUUAAAAAUAAUUGAAAUGAAUAUAACAAAAAAAAAAAUCAAUGAGCAGCUAAAAAAAUCUUCAUUCAUAUCGAUGAAGGCCAACUGUGCUAUGAGGUCUGUAUCAGAAAAUGUAAAAAAAAUACUUGACGCACUAUGUGCCAAACAUUUUUGUAGAGAUGUAAGCUUGUUCUUUGUAAUAACCGUGAAGAGUUGUAACUUAUGUGUUGUUAUAUGUAAUAUUCAUACUUGAACCGCGUGCUCAAUACAGUUUGAAAGAUGGACUGCCUGCCUCUUUAUCCAAAGAUUUUUUUUUUUAAUGAAUGCUAAUAUUACCUAUACAGUAUGUACAGUACACUUUGUAGCUUGUAUAAAAAUAAACGAUUUACUAUGGUGCUUUGUUAUUAAUCGUACCAAUACUGUAUGUCAUGCCACUACUAACGCUUUUGGAAAAUAAGGAAUAAAAAAUAAUGAAAUGAAAGACC